AGGUAGACCAGCUCCGCGCGACGACGGGCCGCCCCCCGCCCGGCCCCGCUCCGGCGCCCCCGGCUCGGUGCUGCAGCCAUCUUCCUGGAGGAGAGGAGCGGAGGCGAAGGCUACCCCUCCGCGGGAUCGCUCCUCACUCAUGCUACCGCCAGCCCUCCCCCGACCGCCUCUUGUCCUCCGUGCUCACCUAGCUCCUUCUAAAGAAGCGCCCUUCCCCCUACUCUAGUUACCCACCACAAGGCGGAGAUUCUCAUUACCUGUUCCACUCUUAUUAGCGUAAGAAAACCAGGCUCAUAAGAUAAACGAAACUUCACAAAAGAUGUCUAAGCAACAACCAACCCAGUUUGUAAAUCCAGAAACUCCUGGCUAUGUCGGAUUUGCAAAUCUUCCCAAUCAAGUACAUCGAAAAUCAGUAAAAAAAGGUUUUGAGUUCACACUGAUGGUAGUCGGUGAAUCAGGUCUAGGAAAAUCGACUCUCAUAAAUAGCCUCUUCCUGACUGAUCUCUACCCAGAAAGAAUCAUACCUGGAGCUGCAGAGAAAAUAGAAAGAACCGUCCAAAUUGAAGCUUCAACUGUUGAGAUUGAAGAGCGGGGGGUCAAGCUGCGCCUGACGGUGGUGGACACGCCCGGCUACGGUGACGCCAUUAACUGCAGGGACUGCUUUAAGACGAUUAUCUCCUACAUUGACGAGCAGUUUGAGCGCUACCUGCAUGACGAGAGUGGCCUGAAUAGGCGGCACAUCGUUGACAACAGGGUGCACUGCUGCUUCUACUUCCUGUCUCCUUUCGGGCACGGACUUAAGCCCUUAGAUGUUGCGUUUAUGAAGGCGAUACACAAUAAGGUGAACAUUGUGCCUGUCAUUGCAAAAGCCGACACUCUCACGCUGAAGGAGCGGGAGCGACUGAAGAAGAGGAUUCUGGAUGAAAUUGAAGAACAUAACAUCAAAAUCUAUCACUUACCUGAUGCAGAAUCAGACGAAGAUGAAGAUUUUAAAGAGCAGACUAGACUCCUCAAGGCCAGCAUCCCAUUCUCUGUGGUUGGAUCCAAUCAGUUGAUUGAAGCCAAAGGGAAGAAGGUCAGAGGCCGCCUCUACCCCUGGGGUGUUGUAGAGGUGGAGAACCCCGAGCACAACGACUUCCUGAAGCUGAGGACAAUGCUCAUCACCCACAUGCAGGAUCUGCAGGAGGUGACCCAGGACCUUCACUACGAAAACUUCCGUUCCGAGAGGCUCAAGAGAGGCGGCAGGAAAGUGGAGAGCGAGGACAUGAAUAAGGACCAGAUCUUGCUGGAAAAGGAAGCUGAGCUCCGCCGCAUGCAGGAGAUGAUUGCGAGGAUGCAGGCGCAGAUGCAGAUGCAGAUGCAGGGCGGCGACGGGGACGGCGGGGCGCUGGGGCACCAUGUGUGAGAAAACACUUUCCUGGAUAAAAAGAAAACAUUCCAGAUGGCAAUAUAGCUGCAUGUUUUCAUGAGAUCGUUGGAAGGCUACCCAUCCACAUUUUGCAGAACCUGUGCCUGAGAAUUUAAUUUUUUUUAAAACUUUUGAUGGUUUUUUUUUAUGAAGUGCUUUUAACAUUUGUAUUUCAUUGCUGUUACACUUUAUAUUUCGUGGGGUGAACUUUCAUUUUUAUUUUCUUUUUCCUUAAUCCUGAUGUUAGAACUGAUUUUUAAGAAUCAGUCAGCAUGUAUAGUUUUAAUACUGAAUUUCUUUAUUUAGCCGAUCUAACUGACCAAUCAUUGGUGAGCACUCUUGAUUUACAUCGAGAACAUUCAGAUUUACCCAGAAUGCUCCUGAGUGGUGGAGACAUGUGCCUAGAGCUAGAGAAAGAUGUGCUGACGAGGUGCAAGGCUGUUUGCUUACCAAGUCACACACUGUGGAGACUUUACUUCCUUGCUUCUGUGUUUGUGCACAACACCUAAAACCAGUUCUGCUGCUAUAAUUCAAUACUGUUGAUAGCAUUUAUCCGUUAACCAAGUAAAACAGAACAGAAUUAUCUAAUGAGAUGCAUGUUAAUACUUAAAUAGCUUCUUUAAAACAGGCUUUUAGAGGUGAAUUUUAAGAAGUCUCUGGAUUCUGAUGCUAGGUCAUUUUUGAGACCACUGUGCAGAGAUUCACACCACAAGCCACUUCUUGUAGUGUCUCCACUAACAUUGGUUAGACUGUGCUACAGAGAAAAAUCAGAGUAGCUAUGAGCUCUGGUUUUCAUAUUGCAACUAAAAUUCUUACCUGCACAAUGUCAGUAAACUAUUUUUACUCAACUAAAUUUUAAAAAAAAAUUUUUUAAGGAAAAUUAGCAAUUGACCUGUUCUGAAACCAACUUUUUUAUAUUUUAUACUGCACUUUAGUGUAUUUUCUGUAACUGUGGGUGUAGAUCUGCCUUAGCUGUGCAGAUUGGGCCCUUUGGCCGAUGGGCCCAUGAACCCCCAGCUCAUCACUGAGUAGGGUUUCUGCCCUGACUCAGCUCCAUGAAGCCCAGAGGCCUACCAGGUUUUCUUGAUUUGGGUUUCUUUUAACUGUUCACUUUUUGAAUGUUUUUCUGAUGGGAGGAAAAAUAUCAGUGAUCACUUUUUUAUGUGCAGACUGUCUCAUUUAUUUUUCAACCAUUGUCACUUCCUCUAUUUUGUGUGAUCCAAAUUUCUCCAUGUGCCAUGUAAAAGUGAAAGGCAUUUCAAAUCUGUAGUGUAGGCUGGUCAGCAGGUGCACACAGUUGAAGCCACACCUGGUUUGCUUUCUGUGCACUGUGGGUGGCCUUGGCCCUCCCUCAGCUUUCCUGCCUUUUCUUCAUGUGUCUCCUGUGGUACACUUUCAUCAUUUCUACUCACUCUGGGCAAUUUGAAGCCCGGAAGUGACAUGUGAAAGGACACAACGGUUAUGGAGGGAGCGUAACCGGGUAUUUUCAUUUUACUACACUAGGAGGAAUUGAGAUGGAUAAAAAAGCUUAAUCUGAGGAUGAGACAGGCUUUUUUGUUUUGGCCAGAAAAAAGAUAAAAUGAAACGGUCAAAUAAUCUUAGUUAUGAAGGUAUACUACAGAAAAUAAUCUGGUGAUCUUGCUUACUUUGCCUCCUCACUGUUGCAUAAUUGUGAAUGAUCAAAACCUCAUUCAGGUUUUUCCCAAGAAAAAGUAUUGCAUGACUUUACAAUACAUCCAUGCAUAGUCAAUUAUUUGGGUUUCUGACAUUUAAUGACUUUGCUAGAAAAAGCUGUAAAAACAAAAAACAUCUGCAAGUGAUUGAUGUAUGUCCUGUAUAUGUUUGAGUAAAAGUACUGUUGAGGGCAAGGUGCCACCUAAUGAUGGUUACGAAGGGUGGGAGGGCACACAGUUACACUGCUAAGUUCCCUUUUGUUUUGCUACUCAAAUUAAAUACAUGCUUUUGCUAACAGAGAAUUGCUUUAACGAAGAGAUAAUCUCUACCUAUAGAAAUGUAUUUUGAAAACACUUAUUUUACACAGCAAUUUUGUAUCCAUUUAAACUAACCUUUUAUCAAUAAAGCGCUAUUGUUUAGAUAUUAAA